CAAUCGCCGUUACUGCGGCUCGGGAGCCAGCGGCGGCCCUCAGUGCACGUCCGCCAUCACUGUAAGUUGUGCUGUGCGUGCUGAUGUGGGCCGACGUGCUCUCCGAACUGAGACCGAAUAAGGCCUCAUGCAGAAGACUUUUUUCGACAUAAAACAUAGGUUAUUGAGCGCAUUGGACGAUGAAUACAAUGUUACCGACAUGUCUACAGUGUUUGAAGUUAUAUCAACCCUUGAGCAGCUCCCAGUCACCACCGAGGUGCUUGAGGCUACUCGUAUCGGUAAAAUGGUUAACGAAUUACGACGUAAGACUGUGGACAAACAAUUGGCCAAACGCGCUAAAGAACUUGUUCAACGAUGGCGUAACUUGAUGAUGACAAAUGCACAAGCUUUACAGCAAGCGAAGUUGCCAUCCUCACAACCCAAUGGUAUGAUUAGUAAUUACACCAAAAGACCAAUUACUUCACCAGAUCAAUGUACAGCACCUUUAAAAAAACCAAAAUUAAAUGGAGUACUCCCUUUGAGCUCAACCAUCACGUCUCCAUCAGUUCAAAAAACACCAGAAUCUAUUCCUAGUCCAGUAACUGAACUUGAAAAUGAACCAGAAUCAAUUUUAGAACCUCCUGGUCCUAAAAAACGCGGUCGUAAAAAAGGAGGUAAAAAUUCCUCAAAGUUAGGAAUUACACCUUCUAAUCCUGUUGAUUUAGAAAAAAUGGUAAGCGUUGGAUCUAGUAAAUUAAAAACUACUCAAGAAAUAAUUGCAUCUUUAAGGAAAGAUGAUGAAAACUAUCAAUUGGAAGAGAAACCACAAACACCUAUACUAGAGUUUCAAAAUGAUCAACCUUCAACUCAAGUAGACAAAUGUAUUCGACCUAAAGUUACUGAUAUAGACCGAGAAAUAGAAGAAAUAUAUAAUAGAUUACCUCCAUUGGAUUUAGAUAAUAUAGACUGGAAUUCCCCACCUCCAAUGCUAUCACGAUUACUUCCAUCACCUACUGAUUUAAUUGAUGGAGCACAAAUUGAAGGCAUUAAUGGUAAUUGGGAAAAUAAUGAUACUUUUAGAGAGUGGCAUGAAGUGUUGACUAGGAUAAAUGAGACUGGUGAACCACUUGUCAUACUACCAUACGUGAUAAUUGACUGACAGGGAUAUUUUUUUUCUACUAGACUUUGUGAUAAAGACAUUUCAAGUCUUAAUAGUGUAAAUAAUAAAAAUUAACUUUUUAAUGAAGAUAUAUAAAAAUACUUCACACAUAGGCAUGUAUCUAGUUGCAGAAUGUGUCUUAAAAAGUUUUUUUUUUAUAAUUAUUUGUCUUGUAAUACUGUAAAAAAAAAAGUUAUUUAUUCAUUUAUUCAAACAUAAUAAUUCAUCAAGGAGAUCAAAGUAAUAUUUUUAAAUAUUAAUUUUAUAUUAUAAAAUUCUGUUUGAUUUGUUAGAUUGGAAUAUUUAACUAAUCUGAUUCUAAAUUUAAUUUAUAAUUAAAAAAAAAAAUGUUAUGAAUUUUCUUGUAUUAUUUUUAUAUGCAUACAGUUAUGUGUAAACCAAAGUGUGUUACAUUAAAAUAAUGUUAACAUACUUCGUGCCUUUAUGUAUUGAUUUUUUUUUUAGUAAGCAUCAUAUAAUACAUGAUGUUUGUUACCAUGAUAAAAUUAUCCAAAUAAUGAUAUAAAUAAAAAGGUUAAUUAGGUUCAUUUCUAAACAAGUUAUUCACAUUUUAUAAUAUGUUCAUAUUUUGUUUAUUAAUCAAAGAACUUCCUCAUUUUCUUAUUGUUUUAGAUGAAUUGUUAAAUUAUUGUAAAUAUGAUUUUUUUUUGUUAUUUUUGAUCUUUAGUUAUUAUUUUAUUGGCGUAAAUAUUUUCAUCAAUUAAGUCAUGUAUUUUUUUUUAUUAUUAUUAUUUUUUAUCAUAACACAUUUACUUUGGGUACUUUUUCUAUGUAAUUAAUUGUUAAAUGUACCAUGAAAGUUACUCAUAAUUCGUUUCACAGUAUUGUGUUGUGUACUUUGUUGAUGUAUAAUAAAAUACAGCAAUUGGUUUUUUUUUA